UAUACCACACCGGCCGCCAUUUGCAAAUUGCAAUUUAUUCUUAAUUCUUAUGAAAUAUUUCAAAUUGUAUUAGUUCUUAUUUUAAAGCUUUAGAUUGAUAAUAAAGUUAUAAAUGUGUCAACUAAUAUAGUGUGAAAAUUAUGGAACCAUCACUGGACGCGUCCUUAGUGGCGCAGUCCAUCAAUUAUCAUGGUCAGCAGUUGCAAAAAACGUGGGAGGCGGAACGCGGAGAAGAGGACUUGUCCAAGAUUGGCGUGGGAGUGCUCGACUUUGCGGUGUACCAAUCCAGGCACAAACACCUUACAUUCCAAGAUAGAGGAAAACGGUUAAAAUUACAUCAGUUUAUAGCUAAAGAAGCUAAUGCCUUGUUUGAUGCAUCUGUCUUAGAGGAAGCGCCGUCAUCAUCCAGCCUUGGAGCGGAUGCACCCACACCAGAGGACAAUUUGUAUGCAUUGAUGCCGCCAUUCGAGACUUUUCUAAAUGUAGAUAAGGCAGCUCGACUAAGACACUUCUUUGAUAAUGUGAAGACUGGAGAACUGAUCAUAGGGGCUGUGAUCAAUCGUACAGCAUCGGGAAUGAUGCUGAAGGUGUUAUGCACAGCCGGGCCUACAUCUCGAUAUGUUGCAGAUAUUAAUGUGAAGGCAUUUUUACCUGUUGCAAAUAUCAUACCAGCCGUGGACAAGAAAAAUGUGUCAAGAAACUACCUGAUGAAUGACACUGUGUGCUGUGAAGUCAUUGAAGUUAUACCUGAUACCGACAAAAUGGUGUGCGGCAUGAAGGGGGUCACACGGGGUCCUGAUGACCCAUCUCCAAAGCCUCCACUUGGACUCCUCAGCACAGACGACUUUCCACUCGUCUACAAGAAAACAGUGGAUAUGAAGGGAGAAAGUUACGAAGCCAUUUUGGAGAAGAGCCCAGGCUUCAAUAACCCCAACUGCGUCCAAUAUCUGUCUGAACUUCUUGGAAUCUCCAACACGCACUGCACUAACUUUGUUUCGUUGAGGGGAAGAUUCGCAUCAACAGAAUAUGCAGAUGAACUUCGUCAAGCUCAAGCUAGCAAAUGGGCGUUCCGUUCUGUCGCUGAAGGCAUAGAGCAUUUCAAGGCCGGAAGGCAUUCCGAAGCAUUUCAAUGCUUAAACAAAGCCCUGAGUAUCGAUCCUAGAAAUGUAGAAGGUCUCGUGGCCAGAGGCGCUCUGUAUGCAAACAGCGGCACGUUCAAGAAAGCUAUAGAGGACUUUGAAACGUCAUUAAAACUAAACCCAAACCAUGCUAAUGCUAGGAAAUACCUAGGAGAGACACUAGUUGCGUUAGGUCGGAGUUACGAAGAUGAGAACAAGAUAACUGAAGCCCAGAAGGCUUAUGAGGAUUGUCUGGCAAUUAUACCAUUCCAUGAAGAAGCACAAAAUUCUCUGGAUUUCCUUAAGAGCAAAACAUCAACCACCAAACCUUUGAUAGAGCCAGCUGAAUUGUUAUUGCCUGGUCUCACUGGUGCGAAAUCAUUUGAGAUGAAGGAAACACUUAAACAGCUCUUAAAUCUGACAGAGAAAAAGGAGAAGAAGAAAAAAAAGAAAAAAGGUAAAGGUAAAAAGAAGAGAUCAAGUAGUUCCUCUUCUUCAUCCAGUGAUUCGUCCAGCUCCAGUUCAUCUUCUGAUUCAUCCUCAUCAUCAUCUGAGACAACUGAUUCUGAAGGACCCAACCGCAAGAAGAAACGGCGCUCGCAAUCCAACAACAAACGUCAACGCUCUCUAUCGCCACUCAGCAAGCGUAUGGCAAUGCUGGGCGACUCCGACUCAGCAUCACGUACCCACAACUCGCAAUUUAACCACCCAUACGGUUACCAGCCGCCUCCGCCUCCUGCUGAGGAGGCAAAUAACGUGCCUGUUCGGUCGCAAGCCGACAUCGACUACGAACUUAAGGUACGGAAAUUCCUGGAGAUGACCAAAGAAGACUCGGACUAUGAAGACAAAGUGCGCAACUUCUUAGAGGAAACUGCUCAAUACAAGCGCAACCGCAAGAUGCAAGAGUUAGGACAGCAACCGCAACCAGGCGCCGAACAUGAAAAGAAAAAGAAGAAGAAGAAAGACAAAAAAAAGAAAAAGGAGUCCAAACGAAAGCGGAAAGAACAAGAAAGAGAAGAAAAACGCAAAGCUAAGAUGGCACGUUCAGCGGCCAACAAUUCUGAAUACAAUCUUCGUGAAUUGGACAAUAUAGGAGACAAGAAACUAAGAGAUGCUAUUAGAAAAGAACUGAAAGGGAAAUCAAAGAGAGAUCUGAGUUCAGAAGGGGAAUAUGACAGAAAACAUGGUGACAAAAGGAUAAUGGACGAGAUGCACGGUCUAGAAGAGUUGGAGUCAAAACUAAGCGCCUACCACGUUAUGGUGGAAAAGGAGGUAUUGGGCAAGCGCGAUGGACGAGGGUCAGUCAGUCCAAUUGACCAGGCGCCGCCGCCACCGCUCGAGAAACCCAAGUGGAAGAUGUCUAUGAGUGCGGUCAAAGACUCGGUUAAGAAGAAGGAAGCCUCAGUUCCUAAAGGUUAUAAAGAGCGUUAUGCUUUUGAUGACAGCUCUGAUGAUUCACAGGAGGUUACUAAGCCGUCUCCUUCGAGCGGUGAUAAGAAUGUGUCUGUACGCCGCGCGAUGGCCAUGAAGGAACCACCGCCGCUGCCGUCCGCGCCGCCGCCGCCCAGGAAGUCGAGGGAACCCGACCCGCCAGGCACGGAACCUUCUCCACACCCGCCGGUUCGGAAGGGCAACAUAGUGCUCGACAAGUUCGGCUCGUUCCGCCUGGCGCAGGAGGGCGAGACGCCCGUGUCUGUGGGCGAAGGUCGGCCCGAGCAGUUCGUGACGCGGAUCAAGCCUCCCACGCCGGCCACGCGGCGGCCUCGCUCGCCGCCGUCGCCGCGCCGCCGCUCCACCGACGACUCGGAGGACGACCGACGCUCGCCCAAGCGGUCGCGUAGCCGAUCUCGGCCCCGAAAGUACCGUUCACGUUCAGGCUCGGCCUCCCGCUCGGGCUCCAGCGCCAGCGGCUCGGUGUCUCGACGUCGCCGCUCGGGAUCGCCGCGAUCUCGCUCACGAUCAGAUGCCAGCCGCUCGUACUACUCGCGCAGUCGCUCACGCUCUCGCUCCGGCUCCAGAGAAAGAUUCCGUUCGCGUUUCAACCGGCGUGGCAACUGGCGCGGGCGUGGCGGCUUCGAACGCGGCACGUACUACCGGCCCCGGUUCCACACGUACAACGGCGGCGGCCGCGGCCGUGGUCGCGGAGGAGACUUCCGCCGCGACGACGGGCGACGCUUCCAGCACGAGUGGCGCGACAACCGCUCCCGUGGAGGACGACCGUUCCGUCCGCGACGGGGCGGCGGCGGCCGAGGGAGACCAUUCAGAGGUGGAGGAUUCCGCGACUUCCGUGACCGACGUGGCGGACGGUACUCGCGCUCGCGCAGCCCAGACCGCACCAGACGCUCCAGGUCGUACAGUCCGGAGAGACGCGAAAAAGACAGAGAUAGCUACUCCCGUUACUCUGGACGGGACAGCCAUCGCAGUGAAGGAGAAUAUGAAGAAGAAAGGUUUGUGGAUAGAAAGGAAUAUGACGGAAAGUGGGCAGAUGGUAAUGAACCAGAGAGGCCUCCAGCAGAGGAGAAAGCCCCAGAACAACAGCAACCCCCUAAAGACCAAUAGGGAUAAAAAGCCACCUAUUUGUUUGUUUAAAGAGUGUACUAGAUGUAAGUGUUUAGGGCUAUAAAAUAAUUGAGUGCAGUGAAUUCAAGCACAUUAAUUAGUAUCUUCUAGAUGUAAAUAGUUAUAUUUCUCACAUUUGAUUAUCUUCAAAUUAAUUUCCCAAUUGUAUUUGCCAUAAGCAAUGAUAUUUUGUUUAUACAUUAUUCUAUGUAAUUAAUAUUACGCUUUAAAAUCAUAUUUGUUGCAGUAAUAGCUAUUAUUCAUUCCAAUCCGAAAUAAUUGGUAACCAAACAUUAACCAAAUCUUAGUAAUUAUUUUGUUAUUUGCUAACUAGCUAUAUAUAAAAAAGACCUAAACCUGUAUUACAAAAAUAAACUAAA